AUGGCCACCAAGCCCGGUGCUUCCGCCGCUGUGCUGCUCCUGCCCCUCGUCCUGCUCCUCGCCCUGCUGGCGGUAUCGGCGGCCGGACACAAGGGCCGCCACCCCGACAACAGCAACAAUCCGGGCGGCGGCGGCGGCGGCGACCCGGGCGCCUUCUUCGCCGGGAUGCCGUGGUUCGGCGGCGCGGGGCAACCGGGGCCCGGCGGCGGCGCGCGGCCCGGGGGCGGGUUCUUCGGCGGGUGGGCCGAGGGCGGCGGGCUCGGGUACCGGCGCGGCACGGUGGUGCCGCCGUCCACGGUGUGCCCGCAGGACGGUCCAUGCCGCGGGAAGCGCCUCACCUGCCCGUCGCGCUGCUUCCAGACCUUCAGCUACGGCGGCAAGAACGGCGGCGGCGGGGGCGGCGGCGGAGGGUGCAGCUUCGACUGCACCACACGCUGCGCCGCUACCUGCUGA